GGACAAGCAGCAGCCUCAACUCUUAUCUCCCACGAUCCACAGAAAGAACUCAAUCGAAAGCAACAGAAUAAUUCAUUUGGCAAACAAAACCAAGGCCUCCUCCCCUGCUGACCAGCAGCGCCGGAUCUGAUGGAAGCCGCAGCGGCUACCACCUCCUCCCUGGUCCUCUUCUCCACUACUCCCAGGAGAUCAGUCACAAGCUUUUUGAAGACUUCCCCCUCGUUGCUUCUUCGGCCUCGUUGCAACUACAGCUGCUCCAUCUCCAGCGCAAAGCAGCAGCAUCUGGUUUGCCAGGCUGUGCCAUGGCUGAUGAACAGCAAGAAGAGCAGCACCCUGAGGUGUAGUUCCAGCCUCUCUGAUGGCUCAUCAACCGUUGGUUCUUCAGUAAGAUGGGUGCUUGACCCUGCAGGCGACGGCGACUGGCGCCACAUCGGCUACAAAGUUGCACGCCCCGGCGCGUUCGAGAUAGCCUCCGAUGCGGUGACCGUUGGUCGGGUCGCCGACAAGGCUGACAUCGUCCUCCCCGUUGCCACAGUUUCUGGCACGCACGCUCGGCUGGAGAAGAAGGAUGGGAGGCUGUUCGUGACGGACCUGGACAGCACCAACGGCACCUACAUCAACGAGCGCCGCCUCAACCCUGGCUUCCCCAUCCCCAUUGACCCCGGCAGCCUCAUCAUCUUCGGUGACAUCCACUUGGCGAUGUUCCGUGUGAGGAAGAUGAUAGUUGAGGUGCCCAGCGAGACCCAGGGAGCUCAACAAGAAACCAAUACUGAGGUGGUAUCAACUGCGGUUCAAGAUACUGCAAGCUAGCAUGCUCUGAAGCUUUCCGCGGUGCCCACUAGUAGAAGAAUGUCCGGGAAAAAGAGUGUCAACCAUCUGAAGCCAGACGGAAAGGCACAAAGAAAAGGAGAACAUCGAUAGAAGUAGAAACCUAAACGCUCAUGGCGACACCAUCUUCACGCCACGGUUCUGUCACAUGGAAAUGCAGCAAAAAAUAAGAUGUAACGAAGGCGUGGAUGAGCGUAUAUACUUAUCGAGUGAAAAAGCCAGGCCAGAAUAUAAACGAAGGGAUCGGAAUUUUGUAUCAUGCAUGUAAACACCCUUUGUUCUCAGUAAAAUAUACAAAAUGCAUCGAAUCUGAUGUCACAGAGCUGUGUACUUUUUUUUCUUGAGUAACACAGAGUUGUGUACUUGAAACAA